GUUCCCUCCAUGGCAGUCGGCCGUGUCUCUUGUGCGCCAUCUCGUACCCACGCAGCUCCCCGGGAAUGCCUAUGGUCAACGCUCCUGUCGACGACAAACGGGCGUUCAUGGUACGGCACGUGGAAAAACUGGAAACCUGUUUUCGUGGGGCGGUGGUUGGGGGGUGGAGCCUAUUCGGCCCAGGGCGCCAAAUAAGCUAGCACCGCCACUGGUCCCAGGUCUCGGCUGGGAAGUCAACAUAGCAACGCGUGGCGGUUUGUGAGUGAGUGAGUGAGUGAGUGUGAAGGACGGUAUUUCCAGCUACACCAGAACCGUCAGAUGACGGUGCACCGGUCCGAGGGGAAUCGACAGCCUCGGCUGGUUCUGGGCUUCCGUGGUGUCCACUGAGCCUCGCGUUCGCCGCUGCAGCUCCAGUGUAAGAUGGGCUCCCGGCUGAGCAGACAGAGCAGUCUGGACAAUGAGCACUUCUGCAGGAAGCGACGCAAGCUCCUGGGCAGAGCCGCGGGGAGCGAGCGCGGCGCGGGUCGAGGCGGCGGAGACUUUCUGUUCGCCCUGAUGCUGAAAUCGGACAAGCUGCCCGGGAUGCUGCGCAGGAGCAGCGGCCACAGCCCGUACGUGAGACGGGUGGCGCGGAUCAAGGAGAUACAGAAACUGCUACGUGACCGCAGGAUGGAGCAGGCGGGCGACGUGCUCAAACUGCUGAGGAAGGACCUGGGUCUGGAAGGCUCGUCGCUCAAUGACAUCCUGUACAAAAACGCGGCCUUUCUCAACCUGGUGGACCCCAUCUCACACGAGCUGCUGCUCAGUCUGGCCCGGGAGAUGCAGUGUCCGAAGAAGGACGCGGACACCGUCAAGUCCUCCGAUAAGAUCUGCAGACAGCUGAUCUACCACCUGACGCCACACUCCAAGUGGCUGAGGCAGAACAUGUCACGACAGAAAUCCCAGGCCUGUCUGAAGACGACCCUGCAGAAAAAGAUGUCCAGCGACACCGUCGACCUGUCGGGCAUCCCGCUGUCCACGGACGACGUCCACCAAGUGGCUUUCUACCUCCAGAACAACAGGGACAGCGUGGUGGCCGUGGACAUCAGCUUCACAGAACUCCAGGACGAGAGCCUGAGGGUUCUGCUGCCCCUGCUGGCCUCGCUGCCCAAACUCGGCACCCUGGCCCUCAAUGGAAACCGCCUGACCCUGGCUAUUCUGAAGGACCUGACCGAGAUGCUCAAAGACCCCAAGAUGUUCUCCAGCCUGGCCUGGAUCGAUCUCGGCAACAACGUGGACAUCUUCACCAUGCCCCAGCCCCUGCUGGUCGCGCUACGUAGGCGCUGCAGCCUGAAGAGCAGCCUGCCGACCAUCUACGAGUACACCGAGGGCCAGCCCUACUGCUACCACCUGGAGACCUCCAUCGAGGAGCCCAGCCACUACGAGGAGGACGAGAGGGAGGAGGGGGAGGCGGACUACGACGGCACGGGGAACAGGUUCGACCUGGAGCCCUGGAGUUCAGGGGAGAAGCAGCUCUCCAAAGACUUCACCCUUCACUACUGUGAGAGGUGAUGAGGCGCCCUCUACUGGAGGCUCCUUCAUCUGCGGAUGAGACGUCAUCCCACAGCAGUGUGUGAUUGCCUUCACCCUCUCGCCCUCACACCACGAGCCCUGUCAUCCCUUUGACGCAGGAAGUAGACCAGUACCCAGCUUUCCGAACUUGUCAUUCAAACACAACUAUGGAGCUCCUCUCAACCCGGUGUUUCCGAGGCUAACCGUGCGAUAGCGCCAGUCAUUCUGUGGACUUACUGCGUGACGGUGACGGUUGGAGACGAUGUGGACGAGGAGUUGACAAAACUGAUUCUCUUUUCCUCCGAGAGCUGAGGAGCCGGUACCGGGGUUCACGUCAGAUGGUUGGAUGGAGGAGUAGCAUUUCCAGCAGCCACUGAAGAACUGGAGCGGUGGCCGGGGGGUUGGGAACCAGUGGUUUUUCCUCCCUGGACUGGGACGCUCCGUGUCAGGCCGCGUCCUGUUCCACAUUGUUCAUCUCCAUUAAUCUCUCGACAAAAGCCGUGACACAAAGUCAACAGACGACGUCGACCACAACCGUGUCACAUGACUCUGGCAAAACUGCUAGGUCAAGUCUUUUUACAUUGUUGCCCCCGCCCCCCCACACACCUCCCUGUUCCAGGUACCCCCUCCCUACCCCCACAUGUCAGUGUGAAGAGGACAAAAACCUUAGUUUCCACCAGCUGUUUUUGUUGACUCCUGAUGAACAGAGACUCUGAGACAGGAAG